AUGUAUCUUGGAAAAGUCCUCACUCUCUUCUGCCUCAGCUCUGGGGCCGUUUCCUACAAGAUCCGCGCCUUUACGGGCCGCAACUGCUCUGGCGAGGGCAAAGAAGUCAAUGUGUGGGAUAACACCUGCAGGAAUACCAAUAUAUUCCCAACAAAGUCCUUCCGAGUUUUAGAAUAUGGAGGCCACCGUCAGCGGGCAACAUUUUUCUUGCUGGAUGGUUGUGGUGCUGCCUCAGAGGCGUCUUCGGAUUGGUGGGCAGAUGGCGGGAGUGACAAGUUCAAGAAGAACGCAUGUCUCGACUUCAGUGGAUGGCAAAUGCACGCGUAUGGCUCUGUUUCGGCAUAG